AUGGCCAAGCCACCUGCGCCUGAGAAGCCGUGUGUAGCCGGUGCGAGCUCGUCUUUGAGGAUCUCUUGGAUCAUCCCAGACGUCGAGCCAGAAGUCACCGCAUCUUCACUGAAGCUUCGAAUACGGGGCGGUCACAGGCUUCAUGUUUAUGACCAUGGUACGUCCAAACUUGUUCCGAAGGGUGGAACUGCUAUUCCGGCGCCGAUCUGCGAAAUAACCGUAGACGGAUGCGAGGAAGGCCUCGAGUAUGAGGCUGUUCUCGCUGUGAUGAACAGCGAGGGCUGGAGUGAGCCAUCGCGGUUCAGCGAUCCUGGCUUCUUCGGAAGCCUCAAGCCGCGGGAGAAGCCGCCCAGACCGACGUCACCAACCCUCACGGCGCUGGGAAAAGGGAAGCUGCGAGUUUCUUGGGCGAUCCCGAGUGCGUGCCCACCGGUGGAAGCAACCCAGGUGCAGCUCACAGAUGUCGGAACAGGAAACAAGUGGCUUGUCGACGCAACUGGAGCUUUGGUGACCUCUGGCCGGACGACCUUCGCGGCCAGCCGAACAGAGGUUCACAUCAAAGAUGUUCAGGACUGCGUGGAAUAUGCAGCAGAAAUUUGCUGUCGCAACGCAGAGGGAUUUGGAGACUAUUCUAUGGCAAGUGAUAGUGUCGCCAACAUUGAUGCCAAGGGGCAAAUUGGUGGUAUGCAGCUUGUGAUCCAUGAGGGGGCCAGCACCGAGGUUCCAGUGAUGGUGCCUCAGGGUGAUGGCAAGAUGAAGGUGAAGUGGAAGCUUCCCGACGAGGCCAAACAGACUAUUGUCAAGCUUCGGCGUGUUGGCAACCAGAACUGGUAUCUCUGUACCGGCGGUGCCAUCGCCGCCCCAGCCUCUGAGACGAUAGCGACCGGCCUGGAGGAAGGCAUCGAGUACGAGGCCAUGGUGUCUUUUCUCAUCAACAACCGGUGGUGCUGCGAGUCCGCUAUCAGCAAGCCCGCCUGCAUAGGUGAACUGAAACUGCCUGCUCCUCCGACUCAGCCCAAGGAGCCGCGCCUUUAUGUCAUGGAUGUUGGUCAAGGUGUGAUGCGAGUGAAGUGGCAGUACAUGAGCUGCGUACCUCCGAUCACGGGAGCACUGGUACGUUUUCGAGCAGUCGGAGCGAGAAAGUGGCUGUUCGCACACCCCAGCAGUGGGGCCUUGAUAGAUGUGUCACCGGAGCAGGAACCGGAGCUGAUACCCUUUCCACAAUCGGAUGUGGACUUGCGGAACCUUCCGCUUGGCAUUCGCUUCGAAGCCUGUGUCGCUUUCAGGAACAAGCUUGGCACCGGGCCGUUCUCCAAGGAGAGCGACAUAGGGCACAUUGGCAUGCUGGCGGCCCGAGUGGUGAAGUGUACGUACUGCUUCACAGACUUCGACUUGCAAACCGCCGAGUACACCAGGGCUCUUGAGAACUUCUGGUGCCCACUCUGCCGCUUCAGGCACAUGGAUCCUUUCAAUGCGAUUAUCGAGCCAUCCGGCAUCCUGCGACAGCAUAUGUUCAUGCGACCGACCGUGACCUUCAAUCUGGACUUGCCUGAUUUGAAGGCUUGGAGAAAAGAGGAUCAAAGCAUCUUCUGCAGGUGCGUGAAGGUCAACAGCGACAUCACCUCUCAGGUCUGGCCGACCAAGCUGAUCAUGUCGGCGAAUGGCGCUGAGGUGUCGAUGGCACCCAUAGCCGAAAUCUAA